UAAGAACAAAAACUUUUGCACCUUUUUGUGACUUCAUAUUUACUUCAUUUUAUAAAUACUUUUGUCAUCUCUCUUUAUAUAUAUACUCUUCAAGUGCAUUAUUUUAUUUUGCUUCACUUAUUACCUCUCUAUUUUUCCCAGGAAAUUGAAUAGAGAUAAAAGAAAAAAUGGGCGGAGAUAAGAGAAAAAAAAGGCCAUUUGAAGAACCAAGUGAGCAAAUCCUUAUAAAUCUCAGAAUUAAAUCUCAGGAUGGUACGGUUCUCUACUACACAGUCAAGCCUACUUCUUCAAUGAAGACAUUAUUCAAGUCCUAUGCUAAGAAAAAGCAAAUAAUGGAUUAUAAAACAAUUCGAUUUCUCUACAAUGGUGAACGUCUUUCAUCGAGAAAAACUGUAAAUCAAGUUGGAUUAGAAAAUGGUGAUGAAAUUGAUGCUAUGAUGGAUCAAGAAGGAGGAGGUUAUGCACACUGAAUAUGAAGGACAUAUCACACAUGAAUAUGUUGCACUUUCCUAUUUUAUGCUUCUAAUUUAUUAGGAAAAAAAACUCCAUUUUUGUAAUGCAGAUAGUUUUAAUUAAGUGGGCAUUUGGCUGUGUUUUAUUAUGAAAUUAAAAAAAAAAUAUAGUUUUUAUUUUCAAAGUAAAAGAUGUUAUGUGAAAAUUGGAGUUGUGUUUGGUGGCCAUUAAUAUAUAUUGGAGUUGUU